AUGUGGAAUGAGAUCGAGCUGCUGCUGAACGAGGACACAGGGCAGCUCCCGGUGGGGCUGGGCCAGGAGUGUGGCACUGCCUUGUACCAGGUGGAUACACUGCUGCAAAUCUCAUCUUCAGAGAAGAUUUUGGUUGAACAAUCUACAAGUGAAAAGACGUACUUAAAUCUCUUUUUUGUUAAAGAUAAUGCAGAUGCAGGUGUUCAUCACAUGUUCAUUCUCACAAGCAAUGGAUGCUUCUGCAUUAUGUGUGUCCCUCUUGGAAAAAUACAGGAAGCCAUUGAGAAGAUGGAUAUGACUACAGCAAAGCAAUUACAAGGACAGAUAAAGACAACUUUCAUUGCCACGGGAGAGCAUCACAGCCUGGGCUGUCAGGAUUUUGUCAUCAGCAGCUCAGUGAACAAAAUCCAUUUGAUAAUUGGGGGUAAAGGGGAUUACGUGCUCUCCAAAUGGGAGGUGGACCCCACCAGUGCCCUGGUGUCUGCUCAAAGUUUUGCUGAUUCAAGUCUGAUCCAAGGUGCUGCAAAACUUCAAGUCCUUGACAAUCAGCUGUUUGUUUUGGAUACAGAGAACAUCUUAAGCACAUGGGAUAUUUAUUCUCUCACUCUAAUUUGGGAUUGGCCUUUGAUACAUAUUGAAGAAUUUCUUCUCACUACUGAAUCAGAUUCCUCUCAAGUCACGUGGCAAGGGCUUGCCAAUGUGAAACUGAUUGUCAUGACAAUGCCAGAUGACAAGCAGAUGAGAAGCCUAAUGGUUUUUGCAUUGCCCACUAUGCAACAGCUCUAUUCUCUGGAAGUGUCUCCUGUGUCUUCCCUUGUUCAAAGUGUGAUUUGCACUGAUACAAUAUACUUUUUGGAAGGAAUUCAUGAAAAGCAUCAGAUGCCCUCUGAAGACCCAGUUUCUAUAGUUGUGAUGAGAAGUUUAACUGAAGCCCUGCCAGAAAAUAGACUAAGUCGUUUACUGCACAAACACAAAUUCACUGAAGCAGAGAAUUUUGCUAUUCAGUUUGGACUGGAUGUUGAGCUUGUAUACAAAGUAAAAGCAAACACAAUUUUAGAGAAAAUGGCUUCAGCUUCUCUUGGGAGUUAUGGCCAGGAAGACUUGCUGGCUCUUGGCAAUGAAGCCAAAGAAAAUUUGCAAAAAAUACAGGACAACCAGUUUGUUGUGAAUUACUGCAUCAAUGCUCCAUGGCCACUGUAUGAAACCACACGAGAAAUGCUGAAUUAUGCUAAAGUCAGAAUCUUGAAAAAGGACAAUAGAACCAAUGCUCCACCAUCUGAUGAGGCUCCAGUAUCCAUAGCUGAGGUGUUGAGAGCUCAGGCAAGGCUUACAACAUUCUGUGAAGCUUUUGGAAUAGAGAAAUUCAGUGGCAUUGCUUGGACAGAAUUCCUGAAUAAUGAGGAUGUGUUCAAGAUUAUUGUUUUUCAGCUGGAAGAAGGAAAUUUGGCUUGUGCUCAAUACCUCUGGCUUAGGCAUCAGGCUGAUUUUGAAAGCAGCUUUGAUGAGAAAAUGCUGAAGGAUUUGCUCAAUGCCAUCCAUUUCACUGCUCCUUUGGAGGAACUUUGUGCGUGGCUUAAAAAUUUUGUGAUCCCCUUCUCAAGAAGGGUUGUGCCAGAUGGACAGAAAAUAUUAGCAAAAUGGCUGGAACAAGCUGCUCGAAACCUUGAGUUAACUGACAAGGCAAACUGGCCUGAAAAUGGACUCCAAGUGGCAGAGAUUUUUUUUACAAGUAAAAAUCAAGGUGAACUGGGAGUGACAGCUUUUGGCAAGUGGACUUCUUUGAGAUGUGGUGACUGUGAAGAGAUACAGAGGUUAAAGAAGCUGGUAAAUGAUUUACAAGAAUUGAGAAAUCUGUACAGAAAAUACAACUGCAGACUGGCAUUCUGUGAUUUUGAAAAGGAAAAUGCAACCACUAUUGUGUUUCGCAUGCUUGAUAAAAUUUUGGCACCAGAGCUUGUCCCAUCAAUUUUGGAGAAAUUUAUAAAACCCUACUUGUGUGAACACAACCUACAAAAAGAUGAGCUUCUUCUACAGUAUGUCAAGGAUUUGCUGGAGCGCUGUCGGACACGAUCGAUUUCAGUGUUUGAAACUGCCUGGGAGGCCAAGGCAGUGGCUGUCAUUGGCUGCAUCUCUGGCACUGAUCUGAAAUUUGAUGCAGUCCUGCAGAUAAUGCAUGGAGCUGUGGUGCCAUGGAGUGCAGCAGUGGAGCAGCUGGUCAAACAGCACCUGGAAAUGAAUCAUGUCAAAGUGAAGUUACUGCAGGAAAGUUACAGACUGAUGGAGAUGAAGAAGCUUUUGAGAGCCUAUGGGAUAAGAGAUACCAAUCUUUUAAAGGACAAGCAGAUGAUAAUGAGGCUUGCCAGAUACAUUCUCAAACAAGACACCCCUACUUGCUUGGAGGAUGCCUUGAAAAUUGUGGAAGCCUACAUGCUGCCCACUGGAGAAGUCUAUUUCCUGAGGAUGAUGGACCUGAUUAACAAAGGAAGGGGAGAAGAAUCUCUGACUUUGCUAAAAUCUCUGCCUCUUGCUAAGACUGAGGAAAUUGUGGAGAGAUUGACUCUGUGGGGAAGACUGGUGUUAAAGAACAAAGCAGAUGAUCUUGAAGAGCAAAAACUACGAAUGUUUAUGACUAAGACACUGGUGGAAGUCCUUAAAUCCUGGCUCAGCAUUCAAAAAGACAAUUCUGUGAAAAAAUAUGAACGUGAAGAAAACCUAAAGUUGUUUGAUACACUUGCUAGUCUGCAGGAGUAUUUUGGUAUCUUUCUCUCAGGUGAAGAAUACAGGAACCCUUCACUGAUAUCUGCACUUCUUGAGGGUCACAUAAGCUCUUAUGAACGUGUCAGAUCUGCAUCCAAGUCUAGACAUGUGCAAGCAGUGAAUUGUAAUUCAGAAGGUGGCAAGCCCAAAACCCCGCUCACUGAAUCCAGGUUGUACAGACUGGCUUUGCUCCUGCAAGUUUCAGAGCAUGAACUGGGAGAAAAACUGGCCUUGAGAGCCCUGGAUGAUGGAAAAGUGGAAGUGGCUGUAAAUAUAUGCAGGGCAUUCUAUGAAAAUAGCUGGAAUGAAAAUACAGGGAAGCUGCUGUUUGCAGUGUGUCAAAGGCUUUGCCAUAUGCUGGGAGCUGAUGUUCCAAUGAUCAUUCCUGAUGGGAUGGAUCUUCCAACAGUGAUCCAUGAGCUGGCUGGCCAAGCAGCCACACUGUGCAGUCCAGAUUUAGUGUUGGAUUGUCUGGAACUGUGUAAAUACACUUCACUUGCCAAGGAAAUUAAUGGACAGUGCCAGAUGGACAACUAUGAAUUUACAGCAGAGACAACAUCUUCUGGAGGAGAUAAAGAUCCUUACAAGGAGUGGACUUAUGAUGAUUUCUUUAAAGAAGAUGGGAUAGUCCUUGAUCCUCAGACAUCUCUUCCAGUUGCAUAUGAGCUUGCUUCUGCUGUUCUGCCUGUUUGUGAGGACAAGCUGUACCCCCUGGAGUCUCAAAGCCUGGCACACAGAACAUUCAUGGAAGGACACAACUUCCUGCUGCCUGUUGGAUCUCCCUUCUCUGCAGCAGUGCAGAACCUGCUGGAGUGCAGCCAGUUCCAGCUGGCCCUGCAGCUCACAGUGUGUGCCUUUGGCUCCUGCCUCCAGCACGGCAUUUCAAACACCAUGGCACUAUCCCCAAGUGAAAAGCCACAAAACGAUCUACUACUCACUGAAACCAGAAGCUUCCUCAUGGCUAUGAGGGAGAAGAGCAGUUCAGUAAUCAAGACUUCUGUCCUGAACUUACUACACAAGGUGUUCAACUCUCGUGUCAUCGAUCAGAACCUGGCCCUGGGCUAUUGCACUGUUUUGUCCAAGGAAGAGAUGUUCAAUAAGCUGUGGGAGGUCAUAAACAACUCAUGGCAGAAUUACAGAAAAGUUUUGGCAGUAGCUCUGGUGGGAGCAGAGCUUGCUGACCAAUAUGGUGAAGCAGAAGAAAAGAGAAAAUUCCAGGAAUUGGUUAUUGAUGCAGAAUGGGGCAUCCAGCUUGGUAAAUUUGGUAUUUCUUUUGAGACUGUGUUUAGACAGCCACCAAUAAGGAAGAAAGAACUCAUAAGACUGCUGGUACAAAACCCAGAAGUGGACACAGCUCUCAUCUUGAAUUACUGCAGCACUUUCGCACUGGACAGUGAUGCUGCACUGCAGCUCUGCAUUGAAACCCUUCUGCUCCAGAAUUCAAACACAAACGAUGUUGAAGAUGACUCUGCAGAAAGCAGUGAGAGGCAACCUCAUUCCACAUUACUGGCUAGAACACUAAAAAUAAUCCCUCUGCUGAACAGCACCAAAGACCUGGUCAUGAGUCUUAGUGGAAUAUUGUACAAGCUGGAUCCUUAUGACUAUGAAACACUGGAUAUUGUCCUGAGAGUGAUCCAAAGUGCUGAUGAGAAGAACACCAGCAUCCAGCUGAGCCAGGCUUUGAGCCUCCUCAAACAUCUGAAGUCUUACACAAGGAUUUCUCCACCAGUGGACCUGGAACACCAAUAUGUUUUGGAGCAGAUGAUUCCCUUGUCUCCAGCUGCUCACACCAGGCUGCCCUUUCACCUGCUGUUCUUCAGAACUACCCAGUGUUUCUGGAACAUUGUAUCUGCAGAGCUCAGUGAGGAAACCUUCCCAACCCUUCUGUUGAUUUCCAAACUAAUGAAGGUUUCCCUGGAUACCUUCCACAUGUCUGCAGUUCGACAUGUCUUUGAAAAAAAACUGAAACCAAAAAUAUUUGAAAUGAGAAGCAGUGGCUGUACCUCCAUUGUUAACAAAGAAACCAUCAAAACUGUGAGGGCACUUCAGUCCUAUCUGCUGGCCAUAGUCAAUCCAGAGUGGGCUGUGGCCAUGGCUCACAAGAUUGCCCAGGAAUUCCCCACAGGUCCUGACCAUAUCCAGGCACUGAAAUUCUGUCUUUAUCUGGCUGAGAAGUGGCUGAAGAGUACUACAGCUAAGGAUGAGCCACAUGAGAAAGCAGAAGUCCUCCAGAGGAACUUACACUUGCAGUAUAAGAGAGCAGCAACAGAAAAUGUCCUGAUAACAAGUAACUUGAACACUGGGGAACAUCUAAAAUCCAUUGGGAAACCAGCAAAUCUGAUUGUUUUACUGUAUGAACACCACAGCAUAGACCAGAGAUUCCAAAAUCCAGCUGGCAGAGAUUAUCCAGAUAUCCACAUGGCAGCUAAGGAGAUUGCUGAGAUUAACAACUUGGAUAUGAACAAAAUUUGUGACAAGCUGCUGGCCAAAUGGCUGUGUCCAAGCACACCACCCCCAGGGAAAACCCAAGAAGUCUUUGGAGAUGUACUGGAGGAUGAAGAGCUUAGAAGGGCUAUUUACCUACUUCAGUCUCGCCCAAUGGAUUACAGUUCAAGAAUGCUUUUUGCAAUUACAACAUCUGACACAUCUCCUUUUGGUGACACCCAGCUGACGUUUGCUCACAGGACCAGAGCUUUCAGGUGUUUGCUCUACCUGGCAGAUACCAGCACUGUGGAAUCACUCUUCAAGAAACCCAUUGAGAAAGUCAAGUAUUUUCUGAAGUGCUGCCUUUAUCUGGCAGAGUUUGAGAUCUUGAAUAUUCCAUACACUUAUGAAUCAUUCCACAAGAGCCCUAAGGAAGGCAUGAUUAAAGGGCUAUGGAAGAACCACAGUCACGAACCCAGGGCUGUGAGACUGGUGACAGAGCUGAGUUUAGAAUACCAAGUCUACGAUCCCCAGCUCUGGAAUGGCCUCCUACAGAAACUCCUGGGCUUCAAUAUGAUUCAGUAUCUAAGAAGAGUUUUGAUUGCAAUUACUGGGAUUCCUUCAUUAUGGGAGAUUCCCAGCUUCAGCCGAGCCUGGCGCAGCAUGGUGCUGUCCCCCUUCCUCACAGCCUCGUGCCCACCAAGUCCUGGGCAGCUGCAGGAGUGCCAGGAGUGCUUUGUGCUCCUGCUCAGGUGUCCUGUCCUGGCUGACCUGGAUAUUGUUGGAAUUGCUAAACAAUACACCCAGCUGGACCUCCCAGCUUUUGCCCUGGGCUGCCUCUUGGUCAUUCCUCACUCUGAGAAGAGAGAGCAGCAAAUUCAGGGUUUGUUAUCAACCUGUAAGAAAGAAACUGUGCUGCAACAAUUGGAUGAACACAUAGACACUGGAGAACUGGUAGCAUUUGCUUCCCAGAUCAGAUCUUUGAUUUUGGACAGUAUCAUCAAUGAGAAGCUCUAUGAUCAGUUCUGGAAAACCAAAUAUUAUCCACUGUUAAAGCAACACCUGAUAAACACCCACAGAAUAAAAGAGCUGGUGAAUUAUUUUGCCAAAAACAACUGCCUUGAUGAUGCAACAGCCCUGAUUCAAGAGUAUCAAAAGAAGUGUGGAAACCCUGCUCUGGCAGAUGUCCCAGCAUCUCAUCUUCUGCAGAUGUACCUGAAUGAAUCAGAGGGGUCCUGAGUCCUGGAAGUGCCAUAAAUUAGCUCGAGAUUUCCUCUUGUUCCUCUUCCCUCUCCUGGCAGGAGGGGGGGCUGUGCAUUCACAACUCUUGUACCGCUCAGGAGAACAAAAACCCCAAAGCUUUUUCCAAGAGCAUCCACAACCUCUCCACAUUUUUCCAGCUGUUCUAGGCUGCUUCGGCUCCAUUCUCCACCCCCCACAAAAACAGUUCGGACUCACAGCAGAAUUUCCUGUUUGUAGUCAUCAGUUCACACUCAGCACUUUAACUUUGGGAAGGAGUAAAGUUUACUUCCCUUACUUCUGUAUUUCCCCAUGUUCAGGCCGGCUGUCAGGACCACUCUGAGAUGUCAUCCACAGCAACAGAACCUUUGUCAUCACUGUGAUAAACUUUUAUAAAACUGCAGGGGCUGUGGUUCAUGUAAAAUACUUUGUAGACAAAUUUUAAAUGUAACUUUGCAAACUUGCGUAUCAAUUUUGGCCUUACAGUAAAAAUAAAUAAACUUGUGUGUCAAUUUUGGCCUUACAAUCUAAAUUAAAAAUAAAUAAACAUAUGCAUCUA